AUGCUAGCCGGCGUCACCUCCGCACGAUCUGCUGGCCACCCCUCCUCCUUCCAAGUCUUCCGUGAUGUCCCUCAACUACGCCAAUUGCGCCGCCAGUUGCUACGAAAUGAUCGCAGUGUUGGAUUUGUGCCCACGAUGGGUGCUCUCCAUGAAGGCCACCUUUCAUUGAUUCGUGAAGCCGCCCGCGAGAACACCGACAUCUUCGUUAGCAUCUUUGUCAACCCUACUCAAUUUGGUGUCAAUGAGGAUCUUUCUAGCUACCCACGCACUUGGGAUAGUGACGUUGAAAAGCUGGAGCAAUUGAACGAGGAGCUGGCUAAGGCGACGGCGGCUGGCUCCGAUACACCAACGGGACGAAUCUCGGCCAUCUUCGCCCCCACGUCGAAAGUCAUGUACCCUAGCAUGCCGCCCUCAUCUGAAAUCGAUGGUGACGGCUCCUUCGUUACUAUAACCCCCCUGUCGAAGAAAUUGGAGGGAGGCUCCCGCCCCGUCUUCUUCCGGGGUGUUGCAACUGUCUGUAUGAAGCUGUUCAAUGCUGUGACCCCUGACCGUGUCUACUUUGGCCAGAAGGAUAUUCAGCAGACUGUUAUCAUCAAGAGGAUGGUUCAAGAUUUCCUUAUUGGCACCGAGGUGCGGAUCGUGAGUACUACGCGCGAACCCACCGGUCUAGCACUUAGCUCCCGCAAUGUCUACCUAGGUGAGCGCAGACGCGCCGUCGGUCUCACUAUUUACAAGGCCUUGAAGGCUGCCGACGAGGCAUACCGGUCUGGGAAAACUUCCCGCGAAGACAUUCUGGGGGCUGCUCGAAGCGUCACCAAAAGGGUGCUCGCCGAGCAAGAAGCCCUCUCCCCCACAGAGAGAGCAUUGUUCGAGGCCGACUACAUUUCCCUUGCGGAUCCUGAUACUUUGGAUGAGCUGGAUCUCGUCGAUCGUUCCAAGGGAGCCGUUUUGAGUGCAGCUCUGAAGAUGGCGCCCUUAGAAGAGACGAAGCCUGGCGAAGACUGUGGUCUGGGCGACGGUAAAGUUGCCGUGCGAUUGAUCGACAACAUCAUCCUUCAGCCUCAACAGUAA